CAACUAACCCCAACAGCAGACAAAAUGGUUGCCGCUAAGAAGCACGUCGCGAUCGUCAAGAAGCACCCCAAGCGCUUCAACCGCCAUCAGUCCGACCGUUUCAAAUGCGUCGACCCCUCAUGGCGCAAGCCUAAGGGUAUUGACAACCGCGUCCGCAGGCGGUUCAAGGGCCAGGCUGCUAUGCCCAAGAUCGGCUACGGAUCCAACAGGAAGACCCGCCACCUCAUGCCCUCCGGCCACAAGGCUUUCCUCGUCGCCAACGUCGCCGAUGUUGACCUUCUCCUCAUGCACAACACCACAUUCGCCGCAGAGAUCGCUCACUCCGUUUCCGCACGAAAGCGCAUCGACAUCGUUGCCCGCGCGAAGCAGCUUGGUGUUAAGGUGACGAACGGCAAGGCUCGCGUCAAGACCGAGUCAUAGACGAACGUGGUUUCAACUUGGUCGGGGCAUACAAGGCGUCUCUGUGAUUAGUUACGAUCUCAAUGGGAAGGCUUUUCAUCCUCUUCGGCUUGGCUCGGCUCGGCUCGCACUCUAAAGGUGUGAAUGUGAGGAGAGGCAUGUACAUCAAAAGUCACUACGACACGAAACUGCGAUACGACCCAGCAUAGGGAGAAGAACGAGCAGUAGGAAUGCAAUGAACAAGAGCCAAUACCCAUACCA